GAGUGAAAGUGGACUUUCUCCAAGAAUAAGGUGAUGUUUAACUGCUGCUUCACGUCUUUAAGUUACCUUUAAAUGUUUUUAAAAAGAGGUAUAUGCCUUGUCUAUUUGUCUGUAGGAUGAAUACAUGCUGGAAAGGAAGCUUCUGGUGGUCUGCGUCUUUCAGACGCUGCAGCAGUUGCAGAAAAGAGAAGCUGCGCGAGGGAGCGCUGCAGUCGUUGCGUCACAGAGGACACGUAACGGGACGGCUUGAGUCUGACCGGAGGAGACAGACAGACAGACAGGCAGACAGACAGACUGACUGGGUUAGCGUGGACAGAGCAAAGACAGCAGGACCACUUUCACCCACACCGACACGUCCUGCACAGAGAAGGCCCGAAACUAUUGAUUCCUGCACAGUGUUGACACAGAAGACCAAAUAUAGAGAUGGUGUUCAGAGGCACAAUAACAGAUGCUCCGGACUUUGAUCCCACCGCUGAUGCUGAGGCCCUUUACAAUGCUAUGAAAGGCAUUGGUAGUGACAAAGAUGCCAUCUUGGACCUGGUCACCUCAAGAAGCAAUGCACAGAGGCAGGAAGUCAUUGCAGCGUACAAGUGCAGCUUUGGAAAGGACCUGAUUGAUGAUCUCAAGUAUGAGCUGACAGGCAAAUUUGAACGUCUCAUCGUCAGUCUGAUGAGAACUCCGGCCUACCAUGAUGCCAAAGAAAUCCAUGAUGCAAUUAAAGGAGUUGGAACAAACGAGAGGUGCCUGAUUGAAGUCCUUGCGUCUAGAAAUAACACACAGAUGCAUGCGAUGGUUGCAGCAUACAAGGAUGCCUAUGGCAGUGACAUGGAGGAGGACGUAAUCAUGGACACUUCAGGUCACUUUAAGAAGAUGCUGGUUGUUUUACUUCAGGGGACCAGAGAUGAGUCAGGAGUGGUGGAUGCAGACUUGGUGGAGCAGGAUGCGCAAGACCUGUAUGCAGCAGGAGAGGAGCAGUGGGGAACCGACGAGGCCAAAUUCAUUAUGAUCCUGGGAAACCGCAGUGUAACCCACCUUCACAUGGUUUUUGAGGCUUACGAGAAGAUCGCAGAGACGACCAUCGAGGACAGCAUCAAGGGCGAGCUGUCUGGAGACUUUGAGAGGCUGAUGUUGGCUGUUGUCCAGUGCAUCAGGAGCGUUCCCAUGUUCUUUGCCAAGCGCCUUUACAAGUCAAUGAAGGGUCUCGGCACAGCUGACAACACCCUGAUAAGGAUCAUGAUUUCUCGCUCUGAAAUCGACAUGUUGGACAUUCGAGAGUGUUUCCGCCUCAUAUACGAGAAAUCACUUUAUAACAUGAUUAAGGACGACACAUCAGGGGAUUACAAGAGGACCCUGCUCAAUCUGUGUGGAGGAGAUGAUGACUUAGCUGGAGAGUUCUUCCCUGAAGCUGCUCAGAUAGCCUACAAGAUGUGGGAAUUAAGUUCCAUGACCAAAGUCCAGCUAAGGCCAACAGUUCGCCCCGCACCCAAUUUCGACCCUGCUGCUGAUGCACAAGCACUGAGGAAAGCUAUGAAGGGAUUCGGAACAGAUGAAGACGCAAUCAUUGACAUUGUUGCACAGAGAAGCAAUGCCCAGAGGCAAGAGAUCAGACAGGCCUUCAAAUCCCUACUGGGAAGGGAUCUGAUGAAAGACCUGAAGUCUGAACUGUCAAAGAACUUAGAGAGGCUGAUCAUCGGGCUCAUGCUGACCCCUGCAGAGUUUGAUGCCAAAAUGAUGAGGAAGGCAAUGGAGGGAGCUGGGACAGAUGAACACGCUCUGAUCGAGAUCCUGGUCACCAGGAGCAACGAGGAGAUACACGCCAUGAAUGCCGCCUAUCAGGCUGGUUAUAAAAAGUCUCUGGAGGAAGCCAUUCAGUCAGACACAUCAGGCCACUUCUGUCGCAUCCUUGUUUCUCUUGUGCAGGGUGCAAGAGAGGAAGGCCCUGCAGAUGUGGAAAGAGCAAAUGAAGAUGCUCAGGAACUAGCCGAUGCAUGCAAUGCAGAGUCUGAUGACAUGGAGAUGAAAUUCAUGAGUAUUCUGUGCACCAGGAGCUUCCCUCAUCUCCGGAGAGUAUUCCAGGAGUUUGUCAGACGCUCCAAUAAGGACAUUGAACAAAUUAUUAAAAAAGAAAUGUCGGGAGAUGUGAAAAAUGCUUUUUAUGCAAUAGUUCGCAGUGUAAAGAACCAGCCCUCUUACUUUGCAGACCGUUUGUACAAAGCCAUGAAGGGCCUUGGCACAGACGACAGAGCGCUGAUUCGCAUCAUGGUGUCCCGUAGCGAGAUCGACCUUUUCAACGUUCGUAAAGAGUUCAAGGAAACACAAGACACCUCCCUCCAUGAAUUCAUCCAGGUAGAAACUAUGAUUGGUGACACCUCAGGAGACUACCGUAAAACUCUGUUGGUGCUUUGUGGAGGGGAAGAUUAAACUUGUCACAUCCCUGCAGCUUCGUUCACAGACUUCAGAGACAAACCACGAGACAAAGAGCGAUUGCAGAGUGAAACUGGUGGUUAACGUCAGUCUCUAUCAUCAUUGUUCCUAACUGCCGCCACUCCUCAGCCAAACCAAGUGACCUGUGACCUCCCAGCCUACCAAGCCAGUCUUCUGCUCUCACGUCUGAUUGUUCUGCCCCGUCUGAACUGAAUUCUUUUUUCUUUCUUGUUUUUUCUUUUUUUUACAGAGUCAUAUGUAACACUAAGAUGUCCCCAUUAGAUUAGAAAGGAGCUUCAUGUGUACAGCAUAUUUGAGACUAGCAAGUGCUCAAUCAGUGCCUUUAGAUUGUUGGCCGUCCAAUUAUUACUGUGAUUUUACAGUAUCAGAUGUACCUGAAUUAAAUCAAUUAAAUAAAAAAGUGAUGUCUUUUCUCUUUCUUUCACCAUUU